UCUACGUUGUCUUGGAAGGAUCCACACUGGUCCAUGUCACCAGGGCUCUUAGUGAUGUCAUGCUCUGCUUUAUAGUUCCUGGUCAUAACCUGGCUGAGGUGGUGUCUGUGCAGGCCUACCUGUGUUCUGAAACUACACCCCUCACCUGGGUGGGCGGGGCUUCUCUGGAGUAUGUCCAAGAUGAUGCUCAGGACCUGGCAGAGCACCUGGUAGUCCACGGACAUUGCCUUAGCUCCAGGGAUCACAAGGAUCUGAGCAGCCUCUUCAAUCUGGGCCAGCAGAGCUCUCGCUGGGCUAUGGAUCGUCGCGUCACCCUGGCCAUGGCAAAUCUGGAUAUCCCCCAAAACUGGAAUGUACUAGGGAGCCACAGCGGAGAUGAGCACAGUUUCAGGGAGUCUCCCCUCCACAUGGCCGUGCGAUGGGGUCUGUAUCGGCUUGCAGAGCUGCUGCUUUGUCAGCCGGGGGGUCUGAUGGCUGUCAGUCUGCCAAACGAAGAGGGAGUGACACCGCUGCAGCUGGCACAGACAGCCGGCAACACCGAGCUCCUGGAGCUGCUCACACACCCCCCCAACCCUCUGGCCACGCCUCCAGCAGGUCUGUCCCAGGUGUGGGCCGACCGGUCCCGCCUGCUCAGGUUCUGUCAUGAUAUGGGGAACCUGACUCUGACCGUCCGACAGAACCUGAGGUGGAGCUCAGAGGACAGUCGACACGCUGACAUCCUGCUUCUCAGAGACCGGCUCAGAGAUGAGGACUUUCUCAGAGAGAUCAAAGCUCUCAGGAGGGAACGUGUGGAGACCCUCUCGGGGAAGGAGGAGCUGGUGGAUGAUCCUGCCGAGACCGCACUGUAUUCUGAUAUGAAAAGAGCUGCUGUAGAAGAAAAUGACUACGAGGAGCUGCUGAUGUUUUGCCUGCAUGAAGAGGACGAGGUGGACGACCCAUCACACUUUGACUCUGAGAAAAGCCAGUCCAUAGGGGAGAGCCCGGCCCGCUCCCCCACUCUGGCUGCUGCCGCCAGACUGUCAGCGAUGAUACAUGGCAAAGACAGGGUGUACGCUAACGCCAUGCUGGUGGACCAGGUGGAUGAAGCUGACAUUAAAUACCGCUCUCCCGGGGAGGAGGAAGGGAGCCCUGCGCCACAUCUUGGCAGCCCGUGCUGGGACCCCUUCUCCAUGACCCCCCCUGACUCAGGGAACUGUUCCCAAAACCGGCACCCGUCCUCACCCCAUAAUGAGGAGAGGGGAAUUCAAGGCCCUGGCCUAGAGAAUCACAGGGAGCCAUCCCCUCGCAUGUCUCCCCCAUGUCCCUUUGCUUCCUCCCCGUCUUUUCCUUCCUCCCCCCUGGCUUCCGCCUUCCAUAUGUUCGAGGGAGCACAGAGGCGUCAGACGCAGCCCGGUCUGCCAGUUUCUCCUGCUUUGAACCGCAGAGGAUGCAGCUUGACCGAGACGAGCCGGGGCCUGAGUCCCAGUUUGGAGUGUGACAGUGGAGAAGAAGACAUACUGGGAUAUUCCUACCCCUGCUCGUCUGUAAAGAAGCAGUCCAUCCUGCGUUCCAGCUCAGGAGAGGAGAGGGACUCUUUCGAGACAUCGCCAGACUUUAACCGCACGCUCUCUGACAGCACAGACACGUCCGCUAAGAACCCAGAGAAAGCCGAAGUUCGCCUGCGCUCCUACUCCUACUCCUCCCCCAAAGCGAAGCCGUCACGGCCUCUGCUAAACCGAGACGCAACCAUCACUGACCUGGCAGAAGAGCAGAGAGCAUUCACCCUGACUGAGACUACCAGAGAAAAGAGGAUUUUGGGUUUCCGUAAGCGGGCCCUGUCAGCCGAGGAGGAGAGCAGCGCUUCGCUCCAACACCUCACCCUCACAGAGUUCCUCAAAGAGAUUGAAGAUGAGGAGUGGGAUAAAUACAUAAUCCCAUCAAAGGUCGAGUCAGAGAAGUACAAAGUCAGCCGGACCUUCAGCUUCCUCAAGAGCAGGAUGUCCAGCACUCGGAACAAAACCAAGGUGAAGGGGAAAGAGGUGAAGGAGGGAAAGGAGAAGCCAGGAGCGGCUAACGGACACCAGUUUGUUCCUGCGUCUCCCUCCGGUCCCGCUCUCUGUGUGGCCUGUGAAAAGUCUGUUUCUGGGAAGGAGCUGCUGCAGUGCUCCAGCUGUUUCCUGAAUGUCCAUAAAAGCUGUCGAGAGUCUGUUGCCGCCUGCGGAAAGAAGCCACAGGAGAGGAAUGCAAUGCUGAUGAAAAGCAAGACCAUGUCUCUCCCAAACAACUCUGUGAAAGAAAACUCUCAAGCUUUCUCCUCUUCCUCUACACUUCCCACCACAACCAGAGAGAGGCGAGAAACAGUCGCCCCUCUCUCCAAAAGCCUCUCCAUCUCUAUAGACACCAGGAGGCUGAGUGAUGCAGCAGGGGCGGACGCUGAGUGCAGUGUGACAGCUUGCACCAACAACUCAUUGUCUAAUGAAGGAACACCUGUCACUGCGAAUCCCCCGCCAACCGAGCCGCCAAUCACCACGCAGGAUGUUGAUGCUCCUCCUCUAAUGAGCGACCUGUCAGCUGAGCUGCUGGGGCUGGAUGUGGAGUCCUGGAGUCUGGCCGUCAGUAAGGAGUUCUGCAGGCCGCUCGACAGGCGCACCACGAAGCGACAGGAUGUUAUUUAUGAGCUGAUGCAGACCGAGCUGCACCACAUCCAGACGCUGACGGUCAUGUCCGAGGUGUUCAGGAGAGGCAUGCUGGAGGAGCUGCAGCUGGACCUGGACUGUGUGGCCCGGAUCUUUCCCUGCCUGGACCCCCUGCUGCUUUUUCACAAAAACCUCUUCGGAGCCCUGCAGGAACGCAGACAAGCUGCAACGCAACCUGAGAACCCCCGAAAUUACCUCAUCCAUCACAUUGGAGAUAUUCUGCUUCAGCAGUUCUCAGAUGAAAACGCUGAGAAGAUGAAGCAGGUGUACGGAGAGUUCUGCAGCCAUCACACCGAUGCCGUCAAUGUUUUCAAAGAGCUGCAGCAGCAAAGCAAAAAACUGCAAAACUUUGUCAAACAACAGAGCAAUAACACUCUGGUCCGGCGGAGAGAGGUGCCAGAAUUUAUCCUGCUGGUCACUCAGCGCAUCACCAAGUACCCUGUCCUGCUGGAGAGGAUAUUACAUUACACUCAGGAGGGAGGUCAGGAGCACUCUGACCUGUCAAGGGCCCUGGCUCAGAUCCGCGACAUCAUCGCUGCGGUGGACCUCACAGUGAAUAAGUAUGAAAGGUGUCAGGAGAUGCAGGAAGUGCUGGCCCGGCUGGAGAACAAGAGCUUCGCCAAGCUAAAGAACGACAAGGUGUUUCGCAAACAGGAUCUGCAUAGCAAACACAGGGAGCUGCAUUAUAAAGGGCUGGUCUUCUGGAAGACUGCCACCGGGCGUCUGAAAGAUACUUUGGCUCUGCUGCUCACAGACGUUCUGGUUUUCCUUCAAGAGAAAGAUCAACGUUUGGUAUUUGCUGCCGUGGACCAGAAGCCUCCUGUAAUCCCUUUGCAGAAGCUCAUUGUUAGAGAAGUAGCCAAUGAGGAGAGAGGAAUGUUCCUCAUCUCCGCCUCCUCAGUGGGACCAGAGAUGUAUGAAGUUCACACCACCACUAGAGACGAGAGGAAUGCAUGGAUGAGACACAUACGAAAAGCUGUAGAGAGUUGUCCUGAGGAAGAGGAGGAGGAAGAGCACAGUGCUGAGACAGAGGAGGCCCGGCGAGUGGCAGAAGUGAGAGUUCAAAAGAUCACAAAGUUCCAAGAAACCCUGUUGAGUCAGGACCAGCAGAUCUGCAGCAGCCUGGAGGAGAAGUUGCAGCUUUAUGCCGAGCUGACAGAGUUAACCCUGUGUUCACCAGAGCCUGUACUGCAGCGCCAUCUUCUGGUUCAACCUGACGCUAACACUGAGCCGCAGGCCUCCUCACUGCUCACUGCUGCACUCAGGGAAGCGGAGAACCUGAUCACUAUGCUGCAGGCUCGUGACGGCCUUUCUGUAAAAAGUCAGAGCUCUCCGCUCCGAGGACCAGAGUGCUUCAGCUACAACAGCCAUGGCAGCAGCAUCCAGGAGUCUCCCUCUGAGCCGGAUUAUCUGAGCACACUCAGUUUGAGCUCCACCUCUCUGGGAUCAGACAGUGAGAUGACGGGUCUGGACAACGCAGUGUGGAGCUCUGCUGUCGAGCUGAAAAAAGGAGACUCCAAAGGGACACUCUCAAAGGUGUCAGAGAGCGUUCAUGGUCUGACUCAGCUUCUCUACAGUCUGCAGGCUGCUGUUACCCUGCAGGACAGCUGCUGUGAAGUCCAGAAACUCCUUCUCCAGGAAGGAGAAAGACCUCAGCUUCGAACCCUCUCAUCCCUCCAAAACAGUCUGGAGCAGAGAAGCAUCGAUAAAAAGAAAGAGGAUGUAGAAAAGAAGGGUUUAGAGAGGAAGAAAGAAGAGGUGGAUGAGGUAAAGAAACUGCAUGUGAAGCUGAAACAGGAGCAGCAACGCUGGGACAAAGAGUGUCUGGUUCGAGAGAAACAACAAUGUGAGCAGGAGAGUGUGCUGGAGCAGCGGGAGCAGCAGUGCCUCCUGGAGGCCGAGCGGCUGCGCUGCGAGCGAGAGGAGCUGGAAACUCAGCUGCAGGAGUACCAGCAGAACCUGGACCGCCUGAGGGAGGGCCAGAGGAGCGUGGAGCGGGAGAAGGAGCAGAUUGAAGCCCAGCAGAGGCAGCUGCAGAGGUGGAGACACACCCGCCAGAGCAGCCUGCCUGUCAGCAUACCGCUGGACAUAUACAAGUCCCAGAUGCCCAGCCACAGCCGCUCAGGCAGCCUGGAUGGAAACAGCUCGGCGUUCCAGAACGAGGCGGUUUUACUGGCGUCCCUCCAGCAGAACCGCCUCCACCAGCCCCCCAACAACAACAACCAGCGCCUGCUCUCUGCGCCCAGAAGGAGCCAGGACAUCCCUCUGCGCAGCUCCAGCUACACCGCCAACCUGGGCCUCAGUGCCAGCCUCUACAACAGCCUCAACACCCUGCUGAGCCAGGCCCACAGCAAACAGCCCGCGGAGGGUCUCGAAUACCCCAACUACAGCAACCCACACGCGGUCCCCCGGCCCCUGAAUGCCUCCAUCCACCCCUUCAGCAGCAGGGUCACUGCACAGCCACAAACGACCAACAACAACUUCAGCCAGUCGUUUGACAGACCAUCCCCGGGUCCCUGGAGGUCAGAGGUCACAGGUCACAGACUUUAUGAGGACGGCUACUCCUCGUCUCCCUCUCUUACCCCCCUCCUUCCCCCACAGGCCUACCUCUCUCUUGAAGGACAGAACGGAGAGGAGGGAGUCGAGGAGAACAUUGUUUAUCUCUGAGAAAGAGCAAUGCAAGCUGCCUGAGCUAACUGGACCGGAAAUAAUAUAUCUGUUGCUUAUAUGUGUUUGUGUAUACGUGUGCAUUUGUUUUCAAAACCUGAAUAAUCAAACAAGGGAAUAGUUGCGGGGAGGGAGUUUACACGGAUACAGUAUUUGUGCCUUGAUCAGUGUAUGGGGGUGGAUAUUAAUUAUUCUCUUCCUGUGUCAUGAAACCAUUGUGCCUUUUUGCAAACAAAUUCUCCAGCUCUGAUACUUGCACCCCACGUUUUUACUUCCACUAUGAUUCCUUUUAGUAUCCGUUGAACUUCGUUGAUGGAAGAGGUACAUUUAGUGCCAACACUGGGACUUAAAGUACGAGGAUAUCAGGACAAAAGUAUUGAUGUUGUUUUCACAUGAGCACUUAAAAAAAAGGAAAUAUUUGAAAAGCCAAUCGAGCCCUUCCCCAAACUAUAACAGAGUGCUAUUAUUUCUCAAUAUUUAUAAGGGAUUGUGAGCAUCUUAAAGACAUACAAGUAAACUGACAUUAUUGUAUAAAUAGUAAAUAUAUGUAUAUUUUUAUUGAAAAGCUACCUAUGCACACUUUGUUUGAAGAAUCAUUUAAAUUCUUCUUUUUUUUCUCACUUAAGUGCCAAAAAUCUUGCUAUCUAAUACUGAAAGUGAUGUAUGUAAAAAAUGGCUGUAUGUUUUUUGUUCACCACCUUUUCUGAUAAUUUAUUGUGUGUAAAUUGCUUCAUGCACUGUCAACGUUAAUAAUAUUUUGGUUAUGAUACGUGUUCUCUUGUAAUCGCUGUAAUCAGAAUUGUGUUGUGCCAUAUGGAUAUGCUAUAAAACUGUGUCAAACAUC